AUGGAGCUCGUGCCGCCGACUCAGAUCUCGGCUCCGAGCUUUUAUCUGCCGCACCAUGGAGUGUUUAAAUCGGAGAAUUCGGACAAGAUCAGAGUCGUUUUCAAUGCUUCGCAGAAGGCUGCGAACCGAGUAUCGCUCAACGAGACUUUGUUGACCGGCCCAAAACUGCAAAAGGACGUCACGUCAGUGAUUUCCCGGUGGCGUCUCUUCAGAUUUGUCUUCGUCACGGACAUCGUCAAGAUGUUUCGACAAAUAUUGCCGGUACAGGAUUAUAGAGCGCUUACAGUAACAUACGGCACCGCCCCGGCUCCGUUUUUGGCUCUCAGAGUCCUUCAGCAGCUUGCAGCGGAUGAGCGUGAACGAUACCCAGAGGGAGCUCGUUUAUUGGAUCACCGGGUGUACGUCGACGACUUGUUCGGUGGAGGAGAUGCGAUUGAUGAAACAAUCGAUCGCCGAAAUCAACUUAUAAAAAUGAUGAUGACCGCUGGUAUGGAGCUUGGCAAGUGGUCGGCCAACGAGGCUGUGCUGCUGCGUGAUAUUGCUACAGACAACGGCGAAAAAGUUUCUGUCGAAUUGGAGGACGUGGUGUCGACGCUGGGCCUGAAGUGGUGCCCACGGAGCGACGAAUUUUUGUUUGUAUCCUCGCUAGCUCCGAUGCCACAAGUGAUCACCAAGAGGAACAUACUCUCCGACGUGGCAAAGCUUUUUGACCCAUUAGGAUGGCUGGCUCCGGUGAUAAUCACGGCAAAAAUCUUACUUCAGGAUCUCUGGAUUGAAAAACUUGAUUGGGACACCCCUCUCGAGGGUGAGAUUUCCCUCAGGUGGCAGCGAUUUCGUGAGUCGCUGAAGGAUGUUUCGAAGAUUAGAAUUCCACGAUGGUUCGGCGGGCCUGAAGUUGGUGCUUGGACACUGCAUGGUUUCUCGGAUGCCUCAAAGCGAGCCUACGCUGCGGCGGUCUAUAUGGUGAUCCCAGGAAAAAAGGCGACAUUAAUUAUGGCAAAAACAAAGGUCGCCCCAGUAAAGCUGGAGACUCUGCCUCGGUUGGAGCUGUGUGGGGCUGCUCUUUUGGUCAAGUUGACUAAACAGGUCUUGGAAAACAUGGAUACGCAACCGGAACAGAUUCAUUUCUGGUGCGAUUCUAAAGUUGUACUGGAUUGGCUAAACAGUCACCCAUCGCGUUGGCAAACAUUCGUAGCGAACAGAGUCAGCGAGAUAAAUUCAGCUUUCCCAGAGGCAGUUUGGCAUCAUGUCGUGUCGGAGGAUAAUGCGGCAGAUUGUGCUACUAGGGGACUCACGCCUGCUCAGGCGUCUACAUUUGAGUUGUGGUGGACGGGACCAGCUUGGCUUGGCUCGGCGAGCUCCAAUUGGCCUGCUUCAACAGAUCAAGCUUUGAAGAAGAAAGAAGUAGACGCAUAUGAGUAG